UGUCGGUUUCUGGGCUUCUGGCUUCUUCAGAUUCAACUUGGCCCCACCUGGAAUCAGAGAAAAAAAAUAUCUACAGAGAUGGAGUGAAUAGCAAGAUUUCUUUGAACUUCCUUCUUCGACCUUCCAACCCUCUCCGUUCUUCAAUUCCAAUCCGUUUUCUGUUACGUAUCGAAUUCCCUCUACUUUCGUUCCAUAUAUUGGAUCUGAGUGUGGAGUGUUGAGGAAAGCAAUCGUUGUUCUGAGAUUUGGAUUUCGGAUCAUGGAUUCUCUCUCGUCGGUAUCGCCGUCGUUCGUUCUCCCUCCCGGAAAGCCUCUCCGGCACCAUCAUCACCGGCGGCGAAUAUCUGUGUCCUCCAAGGUUAAGCUCGCUCGUCAGUUACGCCUAUCCUUCUCCUCCGGUAUUCCGCGCAGCUCGUUCGGGCGUACCAGUGAUGGCAUCGAUCGGAGGAGAACACUGGCGGAAGCUUAUUGUAAAUUAGGCGGCGGAGAAGGCGGAGACGACCUAGAAGAAGAAGGUCGGCGGCGAGACGACCUAGAAGAAGAAGGUCGGCGGCGAGAUGAGGAGGUGGAGAGUGCGCUUCGAAUGGACGGUACUAUUCCGGGGACUCCGAGCGAGUUUGUAAAGCAAGUGUCGUCACGCGCCUACGACAUGCGGAGGCAUCUUCAACAGGGUUUUGAUAGCAGCAGCUAUGAUGUGCUGGAGGCUAAUCCUUGGAGGGAAACGUCGAAGCCUGUGUAUGUACUAACUCAUAGGGAAAACCAGUUGUGUACGAUGAAAACUCGGAGGAACCAGAGUGAAGUUGAAAGGGAGCUUGGGUUAUUGUUUUCCAAAGGUGGGAAGUGGAGAAAUCAAGCUAAGCAGACAGGAACUGGCACAAAAUUUCAGAUGGUUGUUGAAGAUGUCAGAGAAGGUGUUCUGGUGUUUGAAGAUGGUGAUGAAGCUGUAAAAUACUGCGACUUACUCCAAGGAGGAGGUCAAAAUUGCGAAGGCGUUGCAGAGAUUGAAGCAUCCUCGGUAUUUGAUCUGUGCCGGAAGAUGAGGGCGUUGGCGGUUCUGUUUCGCAGGGGAAGAACGCCUCCCCGGCCUGAAAAUCUCAAACUCAACUUGAGAGCCCGUAAACACUCCCUGGAAGAUCAAUAGGAACACGAGUCGAGGCUCCAUCAGCAGAGAAUAUGUCCUUCUGUCUGCACCAAAAACCAAUUUGCAAUACUCUCAUUAACUGUAAUGUGUUUGUGACCAUUGAUAUUUGAUCAUUGCCAUAUCCUCCUAUACGGUAAAUCCUGAUAGAAUACAAGUGUUUCAGUUCAGAAUUAUUGAACCAUGGGAAAAUUUAGUGAAAAGUUCUUCCAAAAUAUAUUGGAGCAUACAUAAGAUAGGCCACCAUAUGACUUCAACAA